UAUUCAGAUCACAUUAAGCUUGCAGCACGAUCAGGUGGCUUAUAACGGACGCUACAUAAUAUCACUGUAAUCACAGAUGGAAGUCGAAUUGAUCGCAAAAAAAUAAAGUCUAUACUUAUGUACUUCUGCUAACUUUCAAAUACAGAAAUACCUCUCGAUAAAAAAAAAUGGAAGAUCUAUAAGUAAAACAUCACACAAAUUCGUAGCGUACAGCCCUAAUUUAAAUUUAUCCUAUUGAAAAGUAUCGAAGCGUGACUUAAGUUAAAUAAAAUAAAAAAAAAAAAAUAAUUAACAAUAAAUAUCAUUAAAAUUGUUUAAUUCGCGACUUCUACGUGAAAAAUUAAAAAAUAGUUACCCAGUUUGUUUAAUCGAUGUGUUUAUGGGGUUAAAUUUUGAAUCAGUGUUGCACGACACAUCGUUAGCCUAGUUCGUGCUAAAUUGUUAAUUUAUCAAGUUCGGUUUAAUACCUUUUUGUAAUUUAUUUAUUUAUUUUUUUUUUUUGUUAACUUGUUGCAAGAUCUUAAUUCAAAUAUUGUCAUUUGAUUUUUGGUGUAAAUGCAAUGGAAUCUGUGUCUAAGAAGAGUGGAAACAAAAUAAAGGGGGAACCUAAGGAGCGUCCACUUUUUAUGCAAAACGGAAAUCAUAGAAAUUCUAUCGAUGGCGGUGAUGAUGAGAUUAAGGAGUUUAGAAGAGCCUUACCACAGUUUCUUGCAGUAAGCGUGAAAAAUACUCUUCUCUUUGUUUAUGGAAUGACCUUGGGAUUCCCAACGAUAGUUAUUCCAGCAAUUCAGGGAGGCGAUGGCCGUGAGCCAAGUGAUAUAGUUUUAAACAGAGACCAAAUAUCAUGGUUUAGUUCUAUAAACCUUAUUUGUGUUCCUUUGGGAUGUCUCUUUUCUGGAGUUUUCAGUCAGCCAAUUGGAAAACGCAAGGCUAUGCAAAUAGUCAAUUUGCCAAUUUUGGGUUCAUGGCUCUUGUUCCACUUUGCAACAUCUACUGAACAUCUUUAUGCGGCUCUUUGUUUGGCUGGCAUAGGUGGAGGUCUAAUGGAAGCACCAGUCCUUACUUAUGUUGCAGAAAUAACUGAGCCAAAGUAUCGAGGUAUCCUCUCAGUUUUAGGAUCAACAUGCGUCAUGGGUGGCGUUUUUGUACAAUUUAUUUUAGGAUCAUUUUUGGAUUGGCGAACUAUUGCAGCCAUUAAUACAGUAUUUCCAGUUAUAUCUAUUGUUUGUUUAUUUUUUAUACCUGAAAGUCCAACAUGGCUGAUAAGGAAACAGAAAUUCAAAGAGGCUAUAAGAGCUCUGCAAUGGCUACGUGGUUGGGUUCCUGAAUAUAAAAUUGAAACUGAAUUCAAUCAGCUCUAUGAACAAUUGAUUACGAAACCAGCUAUAGAAGAUGCUAAUGAUGGAAUAACAGAUACAAAUAAGCGUACAUGUUAUCAGCGAAUGAAGAUAUUUCGCAAGCAAACAUUUUGGUUUCCAUUCAUAUUGGUUUCGUUUACAUUUUUCGUUGGACAUUUUUCAGGAAAAACACCAUUGCAGACGUAUGCUGUCCAGAUUUUCCAUACUCUGAAAGCUCCAAUCAAUAAGUUCCAUGCGACAAUUCUACUUGGUGUUGCAGAAAUGAUUAGUACAAUACUCUCUGUGUGCUUAGUACACUUUACUGGAAAACGUCCUUUAGUACUUAUUUCAACAAUAGGAUGUGGGCUGUGCUUCUUUAGUACAGGAACGUACGCUUAUUUUUUGAAUGUUAUUCCUGGAUUUGCCAUUGAUAAUGUAGUUGUAAAUGCUUCAUCGUUAGUUCCAAAAGAUCAUCUAAUCACCUUGGAUAAUAUAACAAAUAUUUUCGAACAGAAUCCUAUUCUUGGAACGAAUUUAGAUAAGACGAACAUAGCGGAUUAUGAUAUUACAACACGUAUGCCUGAGUUGUUUGAUACAACCUUGCAUCCAUCUAUUGCUCAUCUCGUUGAGGAGCCAUCGGUUAGAGUAAAAAGAUCGAACGAUAGCUUCGAUAUGGAAACUGCUGAAUUUAAUCCAUUUGAUAGUUUACCUAUAUUUGAUUAUGGUGAUGUUAAUGAUACAACUGAGAUUUAUCACCAAAGUGAAAAUAUUAAACAAGAAAUAACUACCGAGCCAAUACCAAUAAAAGAAGCCGCAACUUCUUCGAAUAAUUGGGACAAGGAUAUACCAAGUAAAAACCAGGUAGCUAGUGAUAUAUUAUUGCCAAUUCCAAAGCAAGACAAGAACAACCUGGUGUGGAUACCAUUGAUUCUUAUGUUGGGAGCAGCUUUCUUUGCACAUCUUGGUAUAAGAAUGAUUCCAUGGAUUUUGAUCGGAGAGGUAUUCCCAGCUUCUGUAAGAAGUACAGCUUCCGGAUUGGUCAGUGCCGUGGGUUAUAUUUUCGGAUUUCUAGCAAACAAGCUAUUUAUUCAAAUGUUAGCUUCAAUGGGUCUACCUGGAACCUUCUGGUUCUAUUCAUUUGUUGCUAUUGGUGGAGCUACUGUUUUAUUCUUUGUUCUUCCAGAAACUGAAAAUAAAACAUUAGCGGAAAUCGAAAGCUACUUCUCCAAAAAAACAAAACGAGGUCGUAAAACUUCAAUUCCUUAUGAUCAUUCUAAACCACCUUUUCUAUCGGAUGUGGAAAACAUGAAUGGUUUGAAAGUUCCAGUUGAUGUAGCAGUUCAAAAAACAAUUCAACUACAACAGAGUGAUCUUAUAAUGUCACAUUCAGUUGAACGGCCUGCUGGCCGUCCCAAUCCUGGAUAUGAUGAUACAGAAGAGAAAAACAAUACAACACAUUUGUAAUAAGAUCUAAAAAAAAAUUAUCAAUAUAAUAAUAGUGUGUACAUAAUAUUGGUUGUUAAUAUGUUAUAUUAUGUUUGUAUGAUAUAUUUUUAAGUGCCAGUUUUAAUUUAGUUAAUUUUUAUUAUUAAAAUG